GAUCUUCACUGACCACUCUUACACGCUGAAACCUUUGUAUUCAUGCACCUUGACAUUAAUUGCAAUUUCUCACUCCUCACUCCUCACUCCAAAACAAAAUAUUACACUGACUGUCUUUACCUCAAAUUCUGGACCAUAGUAACGCCUUUUUAUCUAUCUACAAGAUCAUACCGACUAUCAUAACCAUGGCAGCAAACGACAUCAAAUCCCCAAGCCUGAAUCGCAUGUCCACCAUCUCCACCACAUCUGCAGCAACCGAUGCUUCAGCCACUGCUGAGCUUUCUCUCGUUGUAGAUGAACUUCUAAAUUCUCUCUCAAACAAAUUCGCUGGCGUUUCGAGCGAGAUUUUCGCAAAGAUGGAUGAGAUGUCGCGACGUCUAGAUAAUCUCGAGGCUACACUGCAAAGUAACAUGGAUCCGAAGGGGGAUGGCCGAGGCAGUCCUACGAAGAUGUAAUUUGCCGGGUACAACUACAUUAUCAUAUUCUUGAUCAAAUUCUGGAGCCGAUAGAUGAAGGGGUAUAUAGAUUGCA